AGAUUUAGCAUGCAUUGGGACUAAUAUUUUUCAUCCUGCUUUGGUGAAACUUCAUCAGUUGUGUUACAGAAUCAGUUGCAGGUAUAAUGAACACAAUUGAGCUUAUUUCUGUAUUAUUAAAUGUGUUUUUGUAGGAGCAACUAAAAAUUGAUGGCACACAUUGUCCAAUUAUAGUACAGAUGACAGAACUGUAAGUUUAGUGAUUUAACAAACUUUUAUCGAUUCUGAGGAACCGCGACAUGACCCCAGUGGAGCAUUGUAGAUGUAGACACAAAAAAAUGAUCACUAAUAUGCCCCAAUAUUUUUUUUAUUAUGCCAUCAAUGAGACCUUGUGAUAUAAUGAAUUGCUCAACAGUAAGUUUCAUUGUCGACCUAUUGUCCUCCCAUUUAAUUCUGUAUUACCACUAGAUUCCACUGGCCUCACUGAUCAGAUCUUCAGGCCAGCCAUCCUCAUUGCAAUGUAGAGCACCAGGGAGGAUCAGGUAUUUCCAGGGGGGCAGAUGGAGUCAGAGUCAACAGCGUCUCAUCAGGCAGCAGGAGUAACAUGUAGUUCGACACAGAUGGGGGGGGGGAGUGAGAACGUAUUCUUGGUAAUUAAAACUCCCCUUAUGUUUAAUAUUUUUUAAUGUUUUUGUUAGGGUAGCAUUGUCCACUUAAAGAUCUGUCCUGUUACGCAAAGCUGCAUAUGAAUUUUUUUUUUUUUAGUAUUUUAAGUAUGAGACAUACAGCUAUGGUCAACCAUUAUUCUACAAUAUUGAUUAAUUGACCCACAGUUUUGCAGUAUCAUCACACAUGUGAGCGUGUAAUAUGUGUCCAUAAGAAUAAGGAUAAGAAUGUGGCAUGGCUGACUGGUGAAGAAAUAAACUGGUGGAGGAAUGAACUCCCUCCCCCACACACCUUCACUCGCCUCCAUGAAAACACAUAGCAGCUGCUAGUACCUAUUUUGGUGAUGAUGGCAUCAGUCUAUUUGUAGUGAAGCACAGGGCGACGUGAUCUGCCUGUUUUCAGACUUUUACAAGACUGCUGUGUUUUCUCACAGUCCCACAUACGAGCUUGAUCCUUUUAGACUACUUCAAGCAACCUGUCUGACUUUUGUACUGUAACCAACAUGGAGGCACAGAAACGAGGAAUUCCAACUUCAAUUCCUGAGAAUGAAGAGCUCAUAGAGGUGCAGAUGAAUGGGGUCCGGGACAGGCAGAAUGGUGGAGAAGCUGAAGUGCCUCUCUCCAAAUCUCAGAGAAGACGUAGUGAUGUGAAAGUCUAUAAAGAGUUUUGCGACUUCUACGCACGCUUUAACAUGGCAAACGCCCUUGCUAAUGCUAUUUGUGAACUUUGCAAAGCUGGCUUCACUCCUGCUGAGAAAAUCGUAAACAGUAAUGGGGAGCUGUACCAUGAGCAGUGCUUCGUGUGUGCACAGUGUUUCCAGCAAUUUUCAGCGGGGUUAUAUUAUGAGUUUGAUGACCGAAAAUACUGUGAGCACGAUUUCCACAUGCUAUUCGCUCCUUGUUGUAAACAGUGUGGGGAGUUCAUCACUGGUCGUGUCAUUAAGGCCAUGAACAACAGUUGGCACCCAGAGUGUUUUUGCUGUGAUAUCUGCCACACUGUGCUUGCUGAUGUUGGUUUUGCAAAGAAUGCAGGCAGACACCUGUGUCGUCCAUGCCAUCUCCGUGAGAGAGCUUGUGGCCUUGGCAAGUAUAUUUGCCAGAAGUGUCACACCAUCAUUGAUGAACAGCCGCUCAUCUUCAGGAAUGACCCAUACCACCCUGAUCACUUUAACUGCAGCAACUGUGGUAAGGAACUCACUGCUGAUGCCAGGGAGCUAAAGAAUGAGCUGUACUGCUUGCCGUGCCAUGACAAGAUGGGCGUCCCGAUCUGUGGGGCGUGCAGAAGGCCGAUAGAGGGCAGAGUGGUAAAUGCACUGGGCAAGCAAUGGCACGUUGAGCAUUUUGUAUGUGCCAAGUGUGAGAAACCUUUCCUGGGCCAUCAGCAUUAUGAACGUAAAGGCCUUGCUUAUUGCGAGACUCACUUCAAUCUGCUCUUUGGAGAUGUCUGUCACCACUGCAAUCGUGUCAUUGAGGGAGAAGUCAUUUCAGCACUGAAUAAAGCCUGGUGCAUCAACUGCUUUGCCUGUUCCACCUGCAGUUCUAAGCUGACCCUGAAGGACAAGUUUGUGGAGCUCGAUCUGAAGCCUGUAUGCAAACAGUGCUAUGAAAGAAUGCCAACGCAGUUGAAGUACCGUCUAGCUAAGCGUGAACAUGACUCCAAGGACAGAAGAAAGAAGAUUGGUAUCUGUCUGUAAAGUUCUCCAUUUAACUGGCAGUGUGUGAUCCUCAUAUGGAAGUGCAUCAAGGAUGGAUAUUGUUGCUGGAUAUCUCAAGACCUUCAUAUUUUCCCCUCAGUCUAUUUUGUGGACAUGUACUUGUUGAAAUAUAUAUGAAAUUUUCAGUUG